CUCAAAUCUCCAGCCAAAGUCUCAUGUUUUGGAUGGUUGGUGCUCUCGCGUAUUCGUGCUCGGUAAUUGAUCCAUGUGCCGCGCCGGGCUAUUCCGCAAUAGCUUGGUUAGUACAAGGAUAUUUUACGCCCCCCUUUGCCCAGAACUGAUUGGGGGUUUGAGCUUAAAGAGCUACCUAGGGAACGAGGAAAAAAUCUUGAGCUCAUUAAUCUAUUCGCCUCUUGAGUUACUCUCAUAAUAUCGUUUGCGUUGCAGAAGACCAUACCUGGCAUUAAGACGUUCCUUCAACUCGACUAAUUCGAUAUCAAGAGAGAGCUACCAGCUGCUUUUUAAGCGGCUUGAAAAUCGGGGCCAUGGGGGUGGUACCUGAAGAUCCGGAAACAGGGGCUACUGAGCCUUCAGUGCCAGCUCAGAGACCAACUCUGGAUCCAACAUCAGGUUCAGACGCGAAGGAGCAGCAACAUCAAGCUGCGAAGGAUACAAAGGGAGAAGUUAGAACCAAAGCUGAGCCUAGCUCACAUUUUACUGGCCAUCAACUCUUCUACAUCUUUGGCUUGGAUGGCAUCGGUGCUUUAAUACUGUCGGGAGGCAUCAACUUUGCUAUUGCCUAUGCCAUGUAUACAAGACAAACUAAACCCAUUCGUCUCUGGCAGCUUCCAAACACGCUAGCCGGUGAUGCUGCCGUCACCAUGAUUAUACAGUGUAUAAUUACCUGGUUCGUUGAGCUUUUCAUCCUUCGUUACGACCUUGGCCAGGGCGCGGUACAGCCCAUCGGAUUUAUCCCGCAACCUACCCACCCUUGGCUACGACUAUUCUUCUUUCUCCCACGAGAUCCGACGGUUGAGAUAGAGCGGCAGCCUCGGCCAUGGUCGUUGCUGGAAAUUAUACAGCAGGCUUUGAGAGGCUUUAGCUUUGCUGUUGUGAGCUUUCUCCUACUGUGGCCCAUCUUCAUGGGCGUAUUAACAGCUUUUGGGGCGAAAGAAGGCGGCGACUAUUACUACCAUGAUAAGUGGUUACCUCAAGUGUUUAAACUGAUAUUGGGUGGAGUGUUAGGCCUGCUGACGACGCCGUGGAUGGCCAUGUUUUGGUUGGUUAAGGCUGGCUGGGAGCACAGAAAGAAAGAGUCGAAGACUACAGAAGUAUAGACGUGCAUAUGAUUGAACGAAGCAUAUAUAGAUAUAUAGAUAAAGACCUCUUAAUUAAUAAUACCUAAUAUACAUAUACGAUCAUAAU